CGAUCGCCUUUCCUUUCCUCCUCACUAAUAUCGUUAGCACCACCACCACCAUCAAAUCUCACAAGCAUGGUCGCCUCCGCACGGCGACCCGCGGACCUGGAGGUGGACGUCGCCGCGACGACGUCGCUUCUGGGCGCCGGCCAGCGCGACUCGAGCAGCCUGCACACGCCGACGCGCGACGAGUCCAGUGUGCCGUACUCGCCGCGCGACCUCCCGCUCCCGCACUCGCCCUACCUGGACUCGCCGCGCCGCCCGUUCGCAUCCGCGUCAAGGCCGAUAUCGGCGGCGACGUCCGCGUCGCAGGAUAGUUGUGGGAGCCAGGCUGGAUGGGCUGACACACCGCGCUUUCGGGGGAGCGCAGCCGUGCUCGAGCGAUACGGCUCUCCAAGUCCUCUCGCGGAGAAGUUCUCGCUUCGCGACGACCCUGACGCAUGGGGGUCACCCGUCACGGGCGACUUUGCUGAGCCCGACGACGAUUUACAUAACUACGAUCCGAAGCGGGACGGCAGGACGAGUGUGCUCACCUGCAGAGGUUUCGUCAACCUGGGCUUUCUGUUUCUGCUAGCGUGUCUUCUGAUCGGGCUUUUCGCCGGAUACCCGCUAGCUCAGUACUUUAGCGAGCACAAGCUCUCGAAUCAGGGAGGAUUCAACGCGGGCGGGAUCAACGCGAGCGGCCAGAUCCCCCUGAUCCCCAACAACUUCGGCCUCGUCGACCCGGAUACGCCUGCUGAAGCGCAGACCAUCAAGUCGUUCGCGGACGGGAGCGAGUGGACGCUCGUGUUCAGCGACGAGUUCGAGCAGGACGGGCGCACGUUCUGGCCCGGCGACGAUCCGUACUGGGAGGCGGUCGAUUUGCAUAACUGGCAGACGGGCGACAUGGAGUGGUAUUCCCCGCAGGCGGUCACGACGCGCAACGGAUCGCUGGAGAUCACGGUGAGCGAGAAGGAGAUCAACAAUCUCGAUUAUUUGAGUGGGUCGCUGUCGACGUGGAACAAGUUCUGCUUCACGGGCGGGCUUAUCCUGGUGUCUGUCAGUUUGCCGGGGUCGAGCUCUGUCAGCGGUCUCUGGCCGGCUGUAUGGACGAUGGGUAACUUGGGACGCGUUGGGUACGGCGCAUCACUCGACGGCAUGUGGCCAUACGUCUACGACUCGUGCGACGUCGGCACCGUCGUCAACCAGACCCACAACGGCGUCCCCAAGGCCGCGCUCACGGGCGGCUCCGACGGCGGCACGUUGUCGUUUCUGCCGGGCCAGCGGCUGUCGCGCUGCACGUGUCCGGGGGAGAGCCAUCCGGGACCGAAACACAGCGACGGCACAUAUGUGGGGCGCUCGGCGCCCGAGAUCGAUAUCUUUGAAGCGCAGGUCACCGGUGGUCCCGACUCUGGUGGACUUUCUCAGUCGGCGCAGUUUGCGCCGUUCAACUACAACUAUACAUGGCUGCAGACAGGGAACUCGAAGAUCCCCGACCCGGACGUCACGAUGUUCAACCCUUACAAGGGCGGAAUCUAUCAGCAAGCGACGUCUGCGGUUACGCGUUCUAAUCCGGACUGUUUCGACCAGAACACGGGCUGCUUCGCUACGUAUGGGUACGAAUACCAACCUGGGUAUAAGAACGAGAGCGGGUACAUCAGCUGGAUAGCCAACGACAAGGUUUCGUGGACACUCGAGGCGGGUGGCGUGGCCGCUGAUCCCAAGGUAGGGAUCAACGACAGGCCGAUUACGAGCGAGCCCAUGUAUAUCAUCGCCAAUGUGGCCAUCUCCAACGGCUUCUCGUACGUCGACACCGCCAACUUGGUGUUCCCCACGAAGAUGCGCGUCGACUGGGUGCGGGUGUACCAGCCCAAGGACGCGGUCAACGUCGGGUGCGAUCCCGUGGACUAUCCAACGUCGGCGUAUAUCCAGCAGUUUUCGGAGGCGUACAACAACCCAAACCUGACGACGUGGACGUUGGACCGUUCUGCUGGAGGCUUCGAUCAGGCAAUGCCGAAAAACUCGUUCCUCGGUCAAUGUUAAGAGGCUUUUGCUGCACCCGCCAGCUUCCCUUUUUCGCUUUAUUUAGGUACAGUUCGCCGAAGCAUACGACAUCCCGAACCUCACCGGCACCGCGUGGGCCGACCAACGACUUAUGGGUCAAAAGAUGCCAAAAGAACUCUUUUCCUUCCUUCGGACAGUGCUAGGUCUGUAGAAUAAUCAUUUGGGCUUCUCUCUUUUUUAUUAUGUUGCGAUACCAUUCUUUUGGACUCGGAUCGGACUCGGACUCGUUCGCCAUCGGUUUUGAGCGCUUUGCUCUCAGCUGUGAUGCAGAGGGAUGUAGGUGUUUUUGGGGACUGGUAAUGGUAACUUAUGAUACGCGGCUGUAACUAAUUAUUUGGCUUCGUUCUAGCUCUCAGCUUGUUGGUAGGCGAGGUCGGGUGCAAUAGGCACUAAUAUUCGAAAGAGGCUAUAGGCUAUACAACUCUGGCCUUCGUUGGAAGCCAGGUUAGACAAAAACAAACGUGUUUCGUGUCAACUUCAGUGCAUUUGCCUGUUAAUACUCCAGGAGGUCAGCCGCGAUCAGCUAUCGCUAUGCGAGAGUCCUUCGUAAGGUCAAGGAAAUGGCAUUACAAGCUACGAUAACAGCGCAGGAACUCGUCCAUUUGAAGUUGCUUCGACAAGGAAGCCACAUUUCCAAAAAGUAUGCACUCCGGUUAACGGCCGGAGGCUCGAGCCAGCAGGAAUCCCCCGGGAUAUUCUCCUCGUAUGCAUGCAACGCACGCCGCACGGAGCAUGCAAUCAUCUUUCGCGUAAGAUGGCUCCUCAGACGAGAACAUCUGAAAGUUUCAGGUCUCGUCUGGGUUCAGACAAGGGCAAUCGCGCGGCAGGCGCACCCUUGCUGGCGCUGUCCAGGAAAGCGCUGUGCGAGAAAG